UUUUUAUAUUAUUAAUUAAGAAACACAAUAAUGCAGAUCUUCGUGAAGACUCUGACAGGAAAGACAAUCACUCUUGAUGUCGAGCAGAGCGAUACAAUUGAUAAUGUCAAGACUAAAAUCCAAGAUAAGGAAGGUAUCCCACCUGACCAGCAAAGAUUAAUUUUUGCAGGAAAGCAAUUGGAAGAUGGAAGAACCCUCUCCGAUUACAACAUCCAGAAGGAGUCCACUCUCCACCUCGUCCUCAGACUCAGAGGUGGUGGAAGAGGUUCCGUCAAAAUUGAGCCAAGUUUGGCUGCUCUUGCCAGGAAAUACAGGUGUGAAAAGAACAUCUGCAGGAAGUGCUACGCCACCUUGCCUCCUAGAGCCAAAAAAUGCAGAAAGAAGAAGUGCGGUCACUACUCAGACAUCAGACCAAAGAAGAGAGUUAAGUAAUUUGUUUUAAAUUCUUCAUCAAA